AUGCGGGCGGUGCUGGCGCGGCUGGGGCGCCCGGCGGAGCAGUCCGGGCGGGCGGCGGAGGCGGUGCGGGUGGUGGCGAUCAGGAAGACCAAGCCGGUGUCCCUGCUGCAGCAGCUCUACAACGGCGGCCACCGCUGCUUCGGCGAGAACUACGUCCAGGAGUUCGUCACCAAGGCGCCGCAGCUUCCAGAAGAUAUCCGGUGGCAUUUUGUCAGGCACUUGCAGAGCAACAAGGUGAAAUCGCUUGUAGGAUUGUUGUUCUUUGCCAUAACACCACAUCUCACUCCACGCAUCAUCUCUGGACACCGCUCUUCCGCUACUACAACCCCAGCUAGCACCAACACCGCACUUCGUCACUCCUUUGUUAUAUGGAAGAAGACUUCAUGGUUAGCAUUAUUUAUUAUAACACAUCCAUAUAAGAUUUUCUUGCCACUAUAA